AUGGGGCUGAGGGACUGGCUGAGGACCGCGUGCUGCUGCUGCCCCUCCAAGUGCCUGGAGGAGCCCGCCGUGCCGGAGAAGGAGCCUCUGGUCAGUGGUAGCAAUCCAUAUUCUUCGUUUGGAGCCACGCUGGCGAGGGAUGAUGAAAAGAAUUUGUGGAGUAUGCCUCACGACGUGUCCCACACAGAGGCAGACGACGACAGGAUCCUGUACAACCUGAUUGUCGUUCGUAAUCAGCAGGCCAAAGAUUCAGAGGAGUGGCAAAAACUCAAUUACGAUAUCUACACCCUGCGGCAGAUUCGAAGGGAAGUGAGAGGUAGAUGGAAACGCAUUUUAGAAGAUUUAGGUGAGUCUAAAAGUGAUUAUAAAAUGGCAAAAAUACCAGUUGUGGCUAUUCCUCUUUACUUUCUCCAGCCUGGUUUUUAUAAAAGGAAUGUCGGUGACUGA